UCUGGGCGUGGAGGUCCGCGCCGCGUUUGGCCCGGGUGCAGCCGACCCCUCCCGCCCCGGCCUCCGUGCCCCAACCAUGCCUGCCCCGACGUGCGCCUCGUGCCAGGCGGCUCGCGCCGCCCUCCGCCGCCCGCGCUCGGGCCAGGCGCUGUGCGGCGCCUGCUUCUGCGCUGCCUUCGAGGCCGAGGUGCUGCACACGGUGCGUGCAGGCCGCCUGCUGCCGCCGGGCGCCGUGGUAGCCGUGGGCGCUUCGGGCGGCAAGGACUCCACGGUGCUGGCGCAUGUGCUGCGCGCGCUCGCGCCGAGCCUGGACAUCACGCUGCACCUGGUGGCCGUGGAUGAGGGCAUCAGUGGCUACCGGGACGCCGCGCUGGCAGCCGUGCGCGACCAGGCGGCCAGCUGGGGGCUGCCGCUCACCAUUGUGGCCUAUGCGGACCUCUUUGGGGGCUGGACGAUGGACGCCGUGGCCCGCAGCACAGCCGGCUCGGGCCGCAGCCGCUCCUGCUGCACCUUUUGCGGGGUGCUGCGGCGCCGCGCGCUGGAGGAGGGGGCGCGACGCGUGGGGGCCACACACAUCGUGACAGGUCACAACGCGGACGACAUGGCGGAGACGGUGCUCAUGAACUUCCUGCGGGGCGACGCGGGGCGGCUGGCGCGCGGCGGGGGCCUGGGGUCGGCGGGCGAGGGCGGCGCGCUGCCGCGCUGCCGGCCGCUGCAGCUGGCGUCGCAGAAGGAGGUGGUGCUGUACGCGCACUUCCGCCGCCUCCGCUACUUCUCCCGCGAGUGCGCAUUCGCGCCCGAGGCCUUCCGCGGGUACGCGCGCCAGCUGCUCAAGCGCCUGGAGGCGGCGCGGCCGUCGGCCGUGCUGGACCUGGUGCACUCGGCUGAGCGCCUGGCGCUGGCCCCCACCGCGCGCCCCCCGCGCCCCGGCUCCUGCUCCCGCUGCGGGGCGCUGGCCAGCCGCGCGCUCUGCCAGGCCUGCGCGCUCCUGGACGGCCUCAACCGCGGCCGCCCUCGCCUGGCCAUCGGCAAGGGCCGGCGCGGGCUGGACGAGGGACUGGGCGAGGCGGGGCCGGAGGAUGGAGCACCGGGUAAUGGGGGGCCGGGGUGCACCCCUGCCGCCACCGCCGAGACCAAGGCCGGCCCUGCAGCCUCUCCGGUCCCUGUGGGCCCAGGUGAGGAUGGAGACGGGGCUGUAGCCGCUCUGGGCCCGGUGUGAUGCCGCCUGGGUCCAAGGGGGGAAGCACGGGCCGCACAGCUGGGUCCAGGUGGGCUGGGGCUGCUCACUGAGCCCCUCAGUGGGGCCUGGACGGCUGGAUCUGGCCCAGUCUGCCCCCAGAGAGGUAAACACAGUCACAGGAUGCGAACAGUGAGCACCAUCUGCGGACACCUGCACUUCAUCCCGCCUUGCCCUCCAGAUGGAGCUGAUGGAGCAGCCAUGCGGAGGAUGGUUCCAUCCCUUCCGGGUCUCCAUGUUCCCUCGAGGGUGGAGGAGGCUGCUGGGCUCCAAUGACAGCAUUGGAAGUGGAGCCAGCUCCGCCCUCGGGGUGCACACUGUUUGGGGGAAUGGAAGGCAGGAGGUGGAGGAGGCCGCCAGGGCCCUCCAGUCCCGAGUCCCAGGUCACAGCGCGAGGCUCAGGAGGGGGUGAGCCCCUCCACCUUCCCUGGGGACUCGCUCUCAGCCUACCUCCCGAAUACUGGCCUGAAUCUUUCUCAGAGAUGUGCACCUUUCCCAUCAUCCUGCCUUGACACUGCCCCCUUGGCCCACCCAGCCCUGGCCAGGAGACACUCUCAGACCCUUGUGUUCCAUAGGGCUGGUGGGCAGGACCGAUGUCCAGCCUCUCCAGGUUGCCCCAGUAACAGCAUCAGCAUCACCAUCCAAGUGUCCCUCCAGCACUUGCUGUAUGUGUAUAGGGCUCUGGUGCAAGGGGCCUGCCCACCGCCCUCUGGACUGACAGUCUGCAAGAGACCUAGCAGUUG